CGUUCAAUCAAACUCAUAUGUUCUUGAUUGCCCUUAUCUGCAUUAACAAAAAAAAUUCCUGAUAUUCUGAUUUUUCUAUUUCAUAUUAUUCUCAAUUCCAUUACAAUAUGUUUAGCUGAAUAAUUAUAAUAAAUAUCAAUGGAAGAACCUAGUGAAAAACCAGUUGAAAUAAAUGAAAACUCCUCUGAGUUGCAAAAUAAAAUACAUGAAUUAGAGGCUGAAAAUAAAAGAAUUCGCGAUGAAUUCAACAUCCAGAGGGCAAAAUUAAGGGACCUCUUCUUGCAAAAAGAAAGAGAGUUCAUAGAAAAAAAGGAAGAAAAUCAACAAUUGAACGAUAUUAUCAAGAAAUUAAAAAUCGAACUAGACGAUUCAAAGAGUCAAUUGCUUGUUAAAGGAUUGACUCUUGAAUCAGAUAUUGAAACGCAAAAUCGUCGAGCUAAUGAAGAAAUAGCAAGUCUACAAAAAUUAGUCCAUGAAACUAUUGAGGAAUCAUCUUGUUCCAAAUCCAUCCAUGAUGCAGAAAUUGAACACCUAAAGCAAUUAAUUCAAGAGUACCAAUUCGAAAUAUCAGAAAUGAAGAGACAACAGCAGCAAUCUCCACAUCACAAUAUACAAGAGCACAGUCUGGUACCAAGUAAUGUUCUAAACGCUCUGACGAAAGGUAUAGUCAAAAAAUUAGGAGCAGAGUCUUUUUCCUCUCAGGAUAGUCUUGAUGAUACUGUAAAAAAGCAAUAUGAAGAUCCAGAAGUGCUGCGUUCUUUGGUUGAACCUUUAGAAGAUCAAAUUAAAGCCCUCAAAGAAAAACUAAGAAAUACCGAUGAACUAUUACAAAACUGCCGAGAAUGUGGCCAUAAUGGGGGUAACAUGAAACUAAAUGGCCUCGAAACAACCACUACAACAUCGCAAACAGAGAGAACUCAUAAUUGUGAUAUGUGCCAGAAUUAUGAGGCACAGUUAGUCGGGGAACAAAAAAAAUAUAACGAUUUACUUGUGAAAAAUACUGCAGCUGAGAAAGCUGUCGAAAGGCACAAAGAGGAAUUGCUUAAGGAAAUUGGUUUUCGAAAAGAAAUGGAGGAGAAAUGGAAUGAGAAGAGGGAAGAACUGAAAAUUCAGGUCGCUGAGUUAACAAAAAAUACUGAACAUGCGGAAAUGGAUUUGAAAGAACUCAGGCAAAUCUUCGACCAAAGAUGCCAUGAAUUUAAAAUGAGUCUUUCUAAGCUAACCAAAGAUAGGGAAAAAAUGUGCCAUGAAUUGCAAACAUUACAGCUGGAAAAUGAAAAUUUGGUAGGAAAAUACACUAUGCAUUCCCAGGAACUCCAAAGUCAAGUGAUAAAUCUUCCAGAUACUGUUCAGGAACUUCAUGAACUUAUAUUGAAGAAUAAUCAGGAACUUAUCAUAGCAAAAAUUGGAAAAGAAAAUGCAGAAGCAACUGUUAACAAGUUGCAGUCUAAUAUUAUUCAUUUGGAAGAACAAAUGAAUAUCAAACAGCAGGAAAGGGACAUACUAGAAAAUAAUUUCUCACAAGAAAUAAACCUUCUCAGAGAAACAGUCCAGCAAUAUGAAAAGGAAGCAAGAAAUGUGAACCAAGAAACAAUUAUCGAACUUCAGGAGAAAAUUCAGGAGUUAAUCACAUCAAAGAAUAAACUCAUUGAUCAGAAUAACGAACUGAAAUCUAGAGUUUCCUCCCUUCAACAGGAAUUAGAUACAAGUGAGACUGUCCAGAAAGAUUUUGUACGUUUAACUCAGGAUUUACAGAUACAGUUGCAGAGGAUAAGAGACUCCGAUGCACAGGUUCGAUGGCAGCACGAAGAAGAUAUAGAUACUUGUCCUUCAUGCCAUUUCAGUUUCAAUAAUACUAGGAAGAAACAACAUUGCAGGCAUUGCGGUCAGAUAUUUUGCCAACAAUGCUUGACAAGGCAGAUUAAAAGCGGCCCCAAUAACCGUGUUUCAAUAGUAUGUAACGUUUGUCAUACAUUGCUAGACCACACAUCAGCUCCCUACUUCAGCGAAGCGCCACCUCCUACGUAAUCGUUGUAUCCAAUUUCAAGUAGUAAUUAUUGUAAAUGUCAAAAUAAGUUAAUGAGUUUUUAAUUAGUGUCGGUUUCAAUACGUCACUGCUUCCAUAAAUUAAAACGUUCCAUCUGCUGCUACAAGCAGCAUUUUAUCUUUAAUGAAUUGAGUAUCUGACAAAUCAAACGGUAUGAAAAAAAUUUAAUCUAAUUAAAAAUGAUUGUGUAAUGAUGAGAUUUAUUUUGCGGGUUCCACAUCUAUGAAUCAUCUCUAAAUUAAACGAAGUUGUACAUAAACAAGAAGCAGUUUCCAAGUGUGGAAGUUCUCCUCUUACACAGUUGAGGUUGAAAUUGAUGUGAUAUUUUGUCUUUUAUCCGUGUCCUCUUUCUAUGGAAAUACAUCUCUUCAUUAAAGUUUUAACGUGUAAAAUUUAUUGUAAUCCUACCCAAAGAUAUGCUUUGUGAAUUAUUGAAGUGUUCGAAACAAUUGUGCUAGGAUAUCUGUAUUCGUUCAGACUGUGAAUGAAUUUAAAUCUGUAGACUUUUUAAACACGUAGUCCUUCAGUAAAAUAUUUGAUAUGUAGAUACAAUUGAAGAAACCGAAAUAAUGAACUUCGAAGUCCAAUCACCAAAAAUUUUGAAAGAAUAAAUUUAGACAGAACUUGAAAUUCAUCCAUAUCCUUGUUUUUCAUAUUGAAGUAAUAUAUUAUAUUGAUCAUGAAUAAAUAUUGCAUUGUUUUAUUA